AUGCAAGACCCUUGCUCAUCAUUGGCCCGGCAUGAUGACCCUCCCGCCAUUCAAGAUGCCUAUGAGACACCGUCAUUGCCUGACAGCAACCUUAUUAAGGAGCAGCAGCAACCAACGAGUGUAACGGAACCCGAUGAUUCCCCUGCCAACCUGUCAAUCACAGCAGCAACAGCACCAGUAUCAGCAUCAGCAGCAGCUGAGCCCAUUUGCACUACCACCAGUGAAGUAAUUUCAACUAGCUCUGGAGCGACAGCAGAUGAUAACUCAUGCGAGAGAGAGGUUGUAACACCAGAUGAGAAUCGAGUAACACCAUCACUUGUCCUUAAUACAUCAGCACCACUCACUCAAGAAACAUUGGAGCAACAACAACAUCAAAUCAUGCAACAUGAUGAAGAACAACAACACUCUUCUUCUUCUAUUCGGGCUUGGGCGGCUAAUCUACCGCAAGUCCCUGACAAUGUACAACCCAUCGCCACUGGACCCUCUCAUAUUUUUGAACUUCAGCCUUCCGCCGAGAAUGAUACAAAUGAACCUCGCAUCCAAGAAACAAAGGACAUCUUUACUGAAACUCAAAAGGUGGCCUAUGUGGGUCUAUGUGCUCUUACAAGCCUUGAAGUCGUCCAUGAUCACAAAGGAAAGGAAUUCACAUACGCUCGAAUGAGUGCUGACAAUUGGCAACGCAAGCUCAUGAGGACUAUUUAUAUGCAUAUGGGCAUUUCAUCCGAAGAGAUUACAAUGAUUGAAUCCCUAUCGAAGCAUAAUAUUUUACCAAGUGAUCUUGUGCAUCAAUUCACAGCUCAAGGCGAGACAACCACAAUCAACAUGGAUGGAUUUCAAGAAGUUAAGCAGCAACAGCAUCAUCAUCAUCAACAACAACAACAACAACAACCUCGACAUUCCUCUUCCUCUUCUUCAACUUCCAAGUUGAGUUCAACCGAGUCAUCAGCAUUGACGGUGGAUGGCAAAGGAGGAUCAUUGGAUGCAAGGUUAUCGGAACACCAUGGACGUAGCAGUAGCAGCAGCAAUAGCAGCAGCACCACUUAUCAUAGUAAUGAGCAGCCAAAUACCAGCGAGGAUAAGAAAAAUGGACAAUUUGUGAUUGAUUUACGAUGGACGGUGAUGACGGACUUGUUGCUGUUAUUCCUUGGAUCCGAGACUUUUGAUGCCCGGUCGCGUGUCUUUAUUGCUCGUGUUGCGUCGUACCUGGAACUCGACUGGAUCCAAGUGAUUGGAUUUGAGAAACGCAUCACCGACCAUUUAAUUACCAACGCAAGCCUCGCAUGGGAAACAGAAACAGCGACCACCAUUGCCACCACUAUGACAACCACCACUGAUAUGGAUAUCUCCGUACGCAAUGAUUCAGAAAAAGCGAGUCGCAACAAGCAACGCCGUAAACGUCGUUAUGUCAUGAUCGGAUUAGCGACCAUUGGUGGCGGUUUAAUUCUUGGUCUCAGUGCUGGAUUGAUGGCACCCAUUAUUGCAGGCGGCCUUGGCACCAUUUUAUCAACAGUUGGUGUCACGGGUGCUGGUGGUUUCUUAGGUGGUACCACAGGCAUUGCUCUUAUCACUGGUGCUGCCACAGGCAUCGGAAGUGGUAUGGGUGCUAAAGGCAUGAAACGGCGAAUGAAGACAAUCAACACCUUUGAAUUUUCACCUGUGAGCCUUGAUGAGCGGGUUAAUUGUAUCAUUAGUAUUUCCGGAUGGCUACCAAAGAAAGCACACAGGGAUCUUGCAGCGUUACCUUUCAGUGUACUCGAUCCAAUGAUGGGCGACCACUAUACUUUGUAUUGGGAACCAGAAAUGUUGGAAGCUCUCGGCAGCGCAUUCAAGAUUUUCGCAACCGAAGUGGUGACCUUUUCUAUCCAGCAGGCUUUGGCGCAUACGAUCAUGGGUGCCUUACUUGCAGGUCUUGCAUGGCCGUUAGCAUUGACCAAACUCGGCUACCUUGUUGAUAAUCCAUGGAAUAAUGGUCUGGAUCGUGCUCGCUUAGCAGGUUUAAUCUUGGCUGACUCCAUUAUGAAUCGAAACCUUGGCGCACGUCCUGUGACAUUGGUCGGCUAUUCUCUCGGCGCACGUGUCAUCUUCUAUUGUUUGCUGGAAUUAGCUCGGGUUAAUGCAUAUGGAUUGGUGGAGAAUGUUGCAUUAUUUGGCACCCCUGUCAAUGCAUCCAAAGCCCAAUGGAAGGAGUGUACAUCAGUGGUAGCAGGUCGCUUUGUCAAUGGCUAUGCAACCAACGAUUGGCUUUUGGGUUUCCUGUUUCGAGCAUCCACUGCAGGCUUGGGUAACGUUGCUGGUUUACGUCCUUUACGUGAUAUCGAAGGUGAUCAUGUACACAAUAUCGAUUGUUCGGAUCUUAUCAAGGGUCACUUGAGCUAUCGAAAAGCCAUGCCAAUGCUUUUGAAACGAGCCGGCUUUGUUGUUACAUCGGAGGAGCUUCCAGGAGGCGAUACCAAAGAGGAAGAAGAGGAAGAAGAAUUCGAAUUAGAUUUAUCAGGUGCAAAGGAUCUCGAGAAUUUUCGACCUGCUACCAUGACACGAGGUUCAUCUGUAUCCUCCUUAAAGUCUGGAAAGGCUUCCAUUCAAUACCCACCGCCAAAAACCAAAUGCAAUCCUCAUCAACCCGAGAACACCAACAAUGAUGCUAUGUCAGAUGUUGUGUCCACUACAGCAGCAGCAGCAGCAGCACCUACAGCCGCUACCACUACCACUACAGCCGUACCAUCAUUAUCAGAAUCAGCUCAAGUUGAUGCACCACAAUCAUCAUCACCAUCACAACCUGCAAGGAUAUCAACAUCAUCACCCGAGCCAAUGAAUGAACCCAAUCAAAAUGAACCCAACAACCGCCACGUGAUACCAAAUGAUGAUGAAAUCAUUGCCGAGAUCAUUGCCAAGGCUACCGCUGUAUCCAAGGCUUCUGGUCAAUAUAGCUCGUUGUCAUCUGGACGAGCAUCGAUUGCAAAGACACGAUCUUCAGAUUCAUCACCACUCCCAAUUAUGACCCAUUCUCUUUCCGAGUCUUCAAGUAAACCUCCCUCUAUUCGAUCUAUAGACAAUCAUCGAAGCAGCACAAGCAAUCCUAGAAAUUCCAUGUCAUCAUCCAUAUUUAGCAAACUCGUGACCGGAAGCAGCAGCAACAACAAGAAGAAAUCAAGUAGUGAUGAUGAAAAGGCGCGACAAGAGCUCGCUGAAGCUGGUAUCGAAGUCAAGGAGAUCAAGAGCACUUUGGGUAGAAUGGUUGUCCCUGAUGAUGUGGUAAAUCCAAUGCCUAAGAUUACACUUGAGAAACCACAAUACGCACGUGUCAAUCGAUGA